UUGUGGGUUUUCAUUAUUAGACAUAAUUAUAAUGGCUGCAGUAGCCCUUAUUGGUUUCUUGAUCAUACUUACUUUUUUGGGCAUUUCUAAUGCACUAAGUGUAGACUAUUAUGAGAAAACAUGCCCUGGAGCUGAGUCAGCCAUUACAAGAGCUGUCCAUAAAGGGAUGAUCAAUGACAAAACAGUUCCAGCAGCCUUGCUUAGAAUGCACUUCCAUGAUUGCUUCAUCAGGGGGUGUGAUGCAUCUGUGCUUCUCGACUCGAAGGGGUCGAACCGGGCCGAGAAAGCCGGGCCCCCGAAUAUUUCAUUACAUGCAUUCUAUGUCAUUGAUCUUGCCAAGAAAGCUGUUGAGAAAAUCUGCCCAGGAGUUGUCUCAUGUGCCGACAUUUUAGCUCUUGCCGCGAGAGAUGCUGUUGCACUUUCGGGAGGUCCAAGUUGGGAAGUCCCAAAAGGAAGAAAGGAUGGGAGAAUUUCAAAGGCUAAUGACUCACUUAAACUUCCAUUCCCAACCUUCAAUAUUUCUCAGCUCCAACAAAGUUUCUCCCAAAGAGGCCUCUCUAUAGAUGAUCUAUUGGCACUCUCAGGAGGGCACACCCUAGGCUUCUCCCAUUGCUCAUCUUUCCAAAACAGGAUCCACAACUUUAACUCGAAAACCGACGUCGACCCGGCAAUAAACCCAUCUUUCGCAGCCGGGUUACGCCAAGUUUGCCCGAUGCACAACAAGGUGAAGAGUGCCGGAGCCAACCUGGACCCGACCCCGACGAUCUUCGACAAUGCAUAUUAUCGAAUGCUGGUGGGAGGCAAGAGCAUUUUGACGUCGGACCAGGCCCUCCUCGACAGUCCGCGGACGAAGGCCCUGGCGGCGCGGUUCGCAGCCUCGCAGGAGGAAUUCUUUAAGGCCUUUGUUCACUCCAUGAUCAAGAUGAGCUCCAUCAAUGGAGCUGGAACUGAGGUUAGAUUGGACUGCAGGGCUGUUAACCAUAACUCAUCCAUUUCGAAGGAAGGACCAGCUGCCCUUGCCAAAGCUGACCCUCAAGACGACAUCCCUGCUGCUGCCGAUCCCGAAAUAGUCCAAUCGGAUGCAGCCGCGCUGGAAGCCGAAAGUGCCUCAGCUGCGGCUAUCUCAGUUGCUCCAGAGAUCCCGGCUGCAAAGUACAAUGAAUUGGAAAUUGCAAAUCAGUUACUUGAUGCAUUUAAUGCUCUAGCAGAGUCAUCAGGUUCUAAGGAUAAGAAUCCCCAAAAGAAAAGAGUUAUGAUUAAUGAUUCAAUCUCUCAAACAAUUUGUAGUGACAAGGAACAAAUUCUUGAAGAUGAUGCUCCUGAAGAGCAUACCUCAGAAGAAACUAAAGUUAUCGAGAAUUCAAUUAACUUCAUCGCUACAAAUAAAAGUUGGAACCGCAAUGAAAUAGUCAUCGAUAAUGCAUUUGUAUAUAAUGUGACACUUGAUAUAAUGGAAAAUGACGAUGAUCCCGAACCAACAUCAGUUGAUAAAUAUCGGAAAGGAAACGAUUGGCUAAAAUAG